AUGAGAGUUGAAUUAAAAAGCUUGAUUGUUGUUGCUUUAAUUGCUACAAGUGUUGUUUUAUUUUCUUAAUACUAACCAAGUAGCUUAAAAGUAUCUAAAAGAGUUGCAUUGAGCCAUGAGGAAGGUACUUCUAACCUUAUUGUUUAAAAAGCUCUCUACCAUAAAGAUAUGGUUUUAUUUGAAGGAAAAUUUGUUUCUUUGAACUCAACUGACCCUAAUAUCUAGGUGUCUUUAUUUAACUACAUGGAACUUGUAAAUUAUUUUGCUUAUUCGGGUAUUGACUAUGUAUUGAAACCUAAGUAGAACUACCUUCUUAAAGUUUAUGACAUAAGUAAGUUAAAAAAUAUCGAAAUCCAAUUCCUUGCUGCUGAUUAAUCUAUCUAUACAGCUGUUAUUACCCCUGAAUAAUACACCUUACCAGCUGAUGAGUAUGGUGAAUAUACUGUAUUAAUAAUUCCCUAAUAGACUUUUGGAAAUACUUUCCCAAUAGGUACAGCAGUUUUCUCUGGAUACAAGCUUGAAUAUGACCCCGAAACUAAAACAACUUAUAUUUAAAAAAAAUGA